UUUGAGUUAAUCAAGAAAACUCUUGAUUACAGUGUGAAUUCUUGGAAUCCUCGGUUUAUGGACAAGCUUUAUGCGGGAACUAAUCCUAUUGGAGUUAUUUCCGAGAUGCUCAUUGCUGUACUCAACGGAAAUUCUCAUGUUUAUCAUGUCUCACCCGUAUUCACACUAAUGGAAAUACAAGUCACCAAAGCAGUCGGCGAAUUAUUGAAUAUGGGAGAAAAUUCUGGUGGCUUGUUGUGCCCAGGUGGAUCUGCUUCAAAUCUGUUGGCUAUGUUUACAGCUAGGAACAAAUUAUUUCCUUCGAUCACCAAAACUGGAUAUCUUCCUCGUCCCUAUCCUGGGGCAGAAUAUGGACCUCUAAAAAUAUUCACAUCCAUAUCCAGUCAUUACAGUAUUGACAAGGCUGCUCAGGUAAUGGGGUUAGGUACCAAUAGUAUUAUCAAAGUUCCAACAGACUCAUGCGGGCGUAUGCGAGUAGAUAGGCUUGGUAAGCAAAAUAAAAUAAAAGUAAAGAAAGAAAGUGUGGAUCGUGGAGAAACACCAUUCUUUGUGAAUGCUACGGCAGGAACAACUGUAUUGGGAGCAUUUGAUCCUAUACGGGCCAUAGCAACGGUUGCUAAACAAUUCAACUGUUGGUUGCAUGUGGAUGGAUCAUGGGGUGGAUCUGUUGUAUUUUCUAACUCAGCUGUAAAGACCACCAACUGGUUGGAUGGCUCGGGAUUAGCUGAUACUUUCACUUUGAAUCCGCACAAGCUACUCGGAGUACCACUCCAGUGUUCGAUGCUAUUGACACCUCACAAGGCCCAUGCGCUGUUUGCACAGGCCAACUCUUUGGCAGCUGACUAUCUUUUCCAUGGUAAUCCGUACGAUCUCGGAGCAGGAACAAUUGGCUGUGGUCGUCGGCCAGAUGCGGUCAAGAUGUUUUUGGCUUGGACAUUCUAUGGUCGUCAAGGAUUCGGGAAUCGAGUGGAUCGUGCUUUGGGUUCUGCAGCUGACUUGACUACAAUGGUACGCAACCGAAAGGACCGUGGGUUCAUAUUAGUUAAGGACCCGAGCCCAUUCCUCCAGGUGUGCUUUUGGUACAUUCCCAACCACCUCAGCAAUCAUAUGCUUCACCUCCGCUUAAGGGAGAUUGGAGAAUUCCUUGUGGAUCAUGCGCCUUUGGAUAGUUUGCCUCAUUUCUUCCGAAUUGUUAUAAACUCACCGACC